UGUUGGUUAAUUUUUUACAAAUUUCUUCGAUAUAACCCAAGAAUUCCAAACUCAACCGUUUGUUCUUCAGGGAAGCGAAAGCAUUUUUGUAAUUAGUUGCUCUAGCUCGCUUUCAACUCGCAGCCACCACAAGAAAUAUAAAAUAUAUUGCCCUUCUCCAACAAAGCGAACAAAAAUUGUGUGAGCUUUUGAGUAAGCCUUUAAUAAAUAUAACUAAUCAAAUCACCGUUAGGCAUCCCUUGAUUUAUUCAACGUUCCAGAGGAGACAACAACAAAACCCAAUAGACUAGUAUUUCCUAGUAAUUACGCAAAAAUUCCAUCACCCACACAGACGCACGACCUGCAAAAAGAAACGGAAAGUGAAGUAAAAUACAUAUAUAGAAAAGAAAAAGAGCGCAAACAUGUCUUCCGAUAUCGCCAUGCAAUUGAUUGCCAUUUUGGAGAAGACGGUGUCGCCAGACAAAAAUGAAUUGCUAUCGGCGAAGAACUUCUUGGAGCAGGCGGCGGCCAGCAAUCUGCCCGAGUUUCUCAAGGCGCUGUCCGAGAUCCUGGUGAACACGACAAACAGCGCAGUAGCCCGCAUGGCAGCCGGUCUCCAGCUGAAGAAUCACCUGACCAGCAAAGAUGAGAAGAUCAGCCAACAGUACCAAGAGCGCUGGCACCAGUUUCCCAGCGAAAUCCGCGAGCUGAUCAAGAAUAACAUCCUGGCCGCUCUGGGUACCGAGAACACGCGUCCCUCCUGCGCCGCCCAGUGCGUGGCCUAUGUGGCCGUGAUCGAGCUGCCGAUGAACCGCUGGGCCAUGCUCAUCACGACACUGGUUAACAAGGUGGUCAGCGAGGUAUCCAGCGAGAUGCACCGUGAGGCGGCGCUGGAGGCAAUUGGCUACAUCUGCCAGGACAUUCGCUUCGGGGUGCUGGAGAACCAGUCCAACGACGUUCUCACUGCCAUCAUCCAUGGCAUGAGAAAGUUGGAGCCGAGCAAUCAUGUCCGUUUGGCGGCCACCACGGCCCUUCACAAUUCGCUAGAGUUCACCAAGUCGAACUUUGAGAAGGACAUGGAGCGCAACUUCAUCAUGGAGGUGGUGUGCGAGGCUACUCAGUGCCAGGACUCGCAAAUCUGCGUGGCUGCCCUCCAGUGUCUGGUGAAGGUUAUGACCCUUUACUACCAGUUCAUGGAACCCUACAUGGCGCAGGCUCUUUUUCCGAUCACUUUGGCGGCCAUGAAGUCUGAAAACGAUGCGGUGGCCCUGCAGGGCAUCGAGUUCUGGUCGAACGUCUGUGACGAAGAGAUCGACCUGGCCAUCGAGAGUCAAGAGGCCACGGAUCAGGGCAGAGCUCCGCAGAGGGUAUCCAAGCAUUAUGCUCGUGGUGCGCUGCAAUUCCUUACGCCCGUGCUCGUCGAGAAGCUGACUAAGCAGGACGAGUGCGAUGACGAGGACACCUGGAGCCCGGCGAAGGCCUCCUCCGUUUGCCUCAUGGUGCUGGCCACCUGCUGCGAGGAUGAGAUUGUGCCGCAUGUGCUACCCUUCAUCAAGGAGAACAUCGAGUCGCCCAACUGGCGCUACCGUGACGCGGCAGUGAUGACUUUCGGCUCGGUGCUGAAUGGAUUGGAGACCAACACACUGAAGCCGCUCGUGGAGCAGGCCAUGCCCACGCUCAUUCGGCUGAUGUAUGACUCCAGCGUAAUUGUGCGCGACACCACGGCUUGGACCUUCGGACGCAUCUGCGAUAUCAUUCCUGAAGCGGCCAUCAACAAGACAUAUCUCCAGACUCUGCUUGAGUGCUUCGUAAAGAGUUUAAAGUCGGAGCCCCGAGUGGCGGCCAACGUAUGCUGGGCCUUCAUUGGUCUAUCGGAUGCCGCCUAUGAGGCAGCGGUCACCACCGAGGGCGAGACACCGGAGACCUACGCUCUGUCCCCGUACUUUGAGUACAUCAUUACUCAGCUGCUGGAGACCACAGAUCGUUCAGAUGGAGCUCAGGCCAAUCUGAGGGGAGCUGCCUAUGAAGCACUCAUGGAUAUGAUCAAGAACUCGCCCCUAGAUUGCUAUUUAGUAGUGCAGCGCACCACUUUAGUGAUACUGGAGCGAUUGAAUCAGGUUAUGCAGAUGGAAACGCAAAUCAACAACCACAGCGAUCGGCAUCAGUUCAACGACUUGCAAUCGCUUCUGUGCGCCACGCUGCAAAGUGUUUUGAGAAAGGUCCACGAGCAGGAUGCCCCACAAAUUUCCGAUGCUAUCAUGACCGCCCUGCUGACCAUGUUUAAUUCGAGCGCCGGGAAAUCUGGUGGUGUGCAGGAGGAUGCCUUCCUUGCUGUUUCCACACUGGUGGAACUUUUGGGUGUACAGUUUGCCAAGUACAUGCCCGCUUUCAAGGACUUCCUAGUCAUGGGUCUGAAGAACCACCAGGAGUACCAGGUCUGCUGUGCUUCUGUCGGCCUCACUGGGGACAUUUUCCGCGCCCUAAAGGAGCUAAUGGUGCCCUACUCCGAUGAGAUAAUGUCGGUUUUGAUGAACAACCUGGCAGAGCCGACUCUACAUCGCAGCGUUAAGCCCCAGAUCCUAUCCGCCUUCGGGGACAUAGCCUUGAGCAUUGGUAGCCACUUCCUGAAUUAUCUGAGCGUGGUCCUAGACAUGCUGCGUGCCGCGUCCAACCUACAGACGGACGCAAAUAAUUUUGACAUGAACGAGUACAUCAACGAACUGCGCGAGAGCGUACUAGAAGCCUACACUGGCAUCAUUCAGGGCCUCAAGGGCGUGGAUCAGACGGCUAAUCCGGACGUGGUAUACAUGGAGCCCCAUUUAGUGCACAUUAUUUCCUUUAUCAAGCGCAUCGCUCAGGAGGGCGACGUUUCCGACUCGAUGAUGGCCAGUGCCGCCGGCUUCAUUGGCGAUCUGUGCACCUCGUUUGGACCACGUCUGUACCCGCUUCUGGAUGAUUCGUUCAUUUCCACCUUCCUUGCCGAUGGCAAGCGCUCCAAGGGCCAGCGCACCAAGAUGCUGUGUACUUGGGCCGUCAAGGAGAUUAAGAAGAUCAAUAGCCAGGUUAUCACGCAGUAGAUUCCCAGCUAGAGGUUAAUGUUUCCCUGCUUUCCACCAGACCCACAAGAUUUUAUGUUAUGCAGCCAAACUGUCCAGUCCGAAUUCUCUGAUAAAAAGAUUCUAUCUGCUAAGUUUGUUUGUCCGAUCUAUUGUUGCUGUGCAACGUGUAAAUGCUAAGACAAAUUGUUUAUAAAAACCCAAUAGCUUUAAGCCCAAAACCGAACCUUUGUUUCGACCAACUAUUUUAAUUAAGGCCUGUUGAUUAUCGUGUGAGUUUAUUUAUCCUUUAUCUAUCAAUUGUCCUCGCGCGGAAACGCAAACCCAAAGUAAGGCGGCCCAUUGACUAAAACAUUGAUAAAUAUCUGUUCAUGGAAUUAUGACAUUUUGUAAAAAUCCGGCUAUAAGGGCAGCCUUAGUUUGGGAUUGCUCUGGAAACCGGCGAUUUAGUAGCCCGAUUUUAAGCAUUACCAAAAAGCUAAACCUAGCUGUUAUUAAAAAUUAUGUGAAAUUUAAAUUUAAUUGUAAAAAUCGGUAGAAAACAAUUGCUUUAAAAGUAGAACACAUUAAAUGCAUUGCACCUCGUUGGAAACAUUAACUUGUAGCGGCUGUAAGAACCACACUUUAAGUUAAGAAUUAAUGUAUCUAUCCUACAAUCCUCACUAGCCCAACAAAAAAAAAAAUACAUAAAAUAAGAAUGAAUGUCUUGAGUGUGAACCGAAUGUGAUGGAAUGAAACAUAUGGCUGAGAGCGAGUAUGUAUUAUCUAAAAGUCAGCGUGCCUGUUGUCCGUCACCUUACCCCUUUAUGCCUAUAGUUAUGCUGUGAUGAAUGCUUGAGAGAAACUCUGGGAAAAUGAUAUUACGUGACUGCGAAAAUCCCCACAAAAAUGGAUGAAGAUUUCCUUUUUCUUUGGCGCGCGUGUGUAUCGGCGUGUUGUGUGAUAUUAUGAAUUAAGCGCAAGAAUUUGUCUAGUGAAACGAAACGAAUGAUUUUAGACGUAAGCAAAACAGAAAAUCAAAAAGAUUUUAAACGGAUUUGAAUUUAAAUUUACAAGCAAACGAAACGAAUCUAAAUGUAAAACACUUAAAGACGACUGAAAAACCAACCUAGCAACUAAAAAACGAAAUACGAAAUGACUUAGGGACGUACAAAGGCGCGGGCGUGGCUGUUUCGAAAACUAGCUCCAAAAAUCAUCAAUUAAACAACAGCGAAAUCCAGAAUAAAUACGAAUACUUAAAGCAGUCACGCUCAAGCCCACAAAAGCAUGAAAUUAUUUUAUUUUUUGUGUAUACAAUUAAGUGUGCUCUCAUUAAUUCCAACCAAUGACGCUUAAUUUGCCUCUCACUUUAUUUUAUGUUUUACUUGAAAUAAAAUGGGGUGAAAAGCAACGAGAAACAAACAAAACAGCAAAAACAACAACCAAGCAACUACCUGCAGCACAUACAACACAUGUAUAAUUAAUAUAUAUAUUAGGUAAACGCAACAUACUAAAACUAAUACGCAACGGACCAGGGUAUACAACAAAAAAUAAAUAAACAAUUCACAGGGGAGCUAGAAAAAAAUUUAUUGAUUGUCAAAAGGAGUGUCUUCAAAAAUUGUAUUUCGAAAAAUCGAUCAAAACUGUUUUCACAACACCUUUUGAAACCCUAAAAGGGGAUUUCAAAUAUUUUAAAGAAAUGUCUGGCCCCCUGAAAACCAUAAUUUACAUAGAGAUGUAGGACGCGCUUAAAGACACAACAUGACAGCUUAAUAGGACAAAACAACGACACAUACUUCAUUUAGUUAUUUUAUCAUAUACGAACCAUACAAAAAAAACAUAACCAGAAACUACCUUACGAAAAAGACGCGACUGUGAACGAUGAAAAGUAAAUAGAGGAUAUAAACAAAGUCGAAACUAACCGUUUAAAAUCUUUUCACAACAUUCAAAUGCAAGUGAAAAUCGGAAUGAAGUGAACUAUUGUGAACUACUUUAGAUAUAAGCCCACAUGUAAUACGAAUACUGUUAAAUAAUGUCAAAACUAUAGCCAAGAAUUCGUUAAACUAAGCUUAAAUCACGUUUUUUAACUUUUUUCAAUGAAUUCUCUAAAUCAAGAAGUUGUCAUUUCAAAAAAAAAACUUUCAUUGGUAGUAUUUGUCUCGUUUUGCAAUAAAGUAUCGCACAGCCGUCCAAGAGAAAGAAGUUAUUUAUCAAACAAAAAUGACAUAUGAUUUUAUCAAAUUUGAACAUAUCAAAAAUUCGAAUUUUGAAAUGGCAACUUGCUUGCGCAUACAAAGGAAACAUGAAAUUGCCAAAAUUAAUUAGAUUAACACUAAUAUUAGCUAUGAAUGAUCGGAUGCGGAUGUUGAAGAUGAAUGACUCUGAAUCUUUGGAAAUCGAGAGCUGAGCAACGCCUAAAGGAACAUGAACGUUUAUGGCUGUGCUGUGCGAAAUGUGUGUUGAUUGAGUAUGAAGCUUGGUGCUGAGUAUUAUGAUGAUGACACUUGUGCAUUGUAUGAUGAUGAUGAGUUAUGUGAUGAUUGACAAUGGUUGUUUAUGAGAGUGACUGAUGAUUGGAGGAGUAUAUCUAGAAGAAAUCACCAACAAACUAAUACAAGACACUCAAAUCAUUUAGCACAAAUUUCUACCUUUUAUACAUACAUUUCCAACUUUUAAAACAAGUAGGAGUGCGUGAAACUGUGACUGAGAAAAUUUGUAUGUUACCAUUCCAAAACAAAAAACAAAUAUAAAAUCAUUCAAAUUGAGGGACUAUUGAGUUUGUUUCAUCUAGCUGUUAAGAAAUGAUUUCAUGUCACUAGAGUAAGCGCGUAAAAAGUAUGGUAAACGGUUGAAAAGCAAGCUUCAAUAAAAAAAAGGCACGGUGGACCCACUUUUUGGACUCGCCACUGUGUAAACUAAAGGGUUUUCAAUGGGCUUGCCUUUCAACCCUUGCCUUGUGUUCGAGUGGUCGUCGUCUGAUAUAAGCUUAAAAAAAUAAAUAAACUUAAACCGCAACUGUAACUUUGCCUGUGAUUCGAUCAUCUGUAUGAAGUGUGCUGUAUGAGUCUUGUGUGGAUACAUAAACAAUGUAAGAGAAAGCACCCCGCGCAGCAGAGAAAUGAUAUUUUUUUGUAAACAUUUAAAGGAUUACAAAGAAGAA